AUGUCGCGCCCGCUACUUCCCGAGUCAGCAUACGCAGCGCUCGGCCUGUCUCCUAAAACGCUCAAAGACCUGAUGAAUCCCAAGCCUGCGCCCGAGCCCCCCCAGAUUCACGCCCCGAAUCUGCUCCAGAGCGACGAGGACCAUGGGCGCCCCAUGUUGCCCAACGAAACCUUCAUCACGCUGUACGCCGAGCUCUUGCUUCAUAUUCGCACUGUUACGCUCUUUGCGUCGCUGCGCACCAACCAUUCGCGACAGACAGACGUGAAGCUGUCCGCCGAUGGUUGCUACAUCACCGUGUCGCAUGAGGGACAGACGGCGACGAUACGUCUGCCAAUCAAUGUCAAAGGCGCAGGGGAUGCUGCGCUCGAAUUGCCAUCGAAACCACCGGGCAAGGAGCUGACACUACGCCUUCAGCUGGAAGAGAAGGAAGGAAGUGAUCUCUUAGGCGCUCUGGGGCGCGAAGAUCGACAGGCCAACGUUGUACCUUGGGAUGGCGCGUCUUUGAAUGAUGCCAAAGACGUCGAGGUCGUAUGCAAGAAUUGUGCGAGCCCUAUUAUACCAAAAGGAAAGAUACAACAAUGGAGAGAUCUACCCAAUGAGAACUGGGCUGAGAUGAUGGACUUUUGGCACUGCCACAAGCCGGACGAGCAUCACUUGCAUAAUCACACGCAUGAGCACGCCAUGGGCCAAAAAGGCUAUGCGGCUGGUAAUCGCCUGCAAGCCACGCAAGGUGUAGGCUUUGUGGACUUGACCAGCUUUCUCCUUAAAGAGGCUGAUUGCGAGGGUGCGCAGCUGAAUGUAAAAGAGGAGGGAUCAAGCUCAAUCAUGUGCAAACACUGCCAAUCAAUGAUCGGCACCCAGGAUGCAACAGCGGACGGUUGGCGAAUACGAAAGUGGGGCAUCAGCAUAGCCUCGAGUCUACCAGGCAGCCCGCCCGCACCUUUCUACUCGACCCAAAAAUGGAUAUCAGCUCGCCUGCUCUAUCUUAUCGAAAACACGGGCGUCCGCAAGUUCCACGUUCAUACCGCCCUCGCCGCGAACAAGGCAUUAGCACCCAUUCCCUCGCUGCUGCUAUGGGUCUUUACCCCUGACCUCCUCUUCUCCUCGUCCAUCCCCACGCCCAACCGCCUCGAUCCUACGCGCUCGGUAAAAGUCUUUUACCAGAAGCAGACGUGGCAGCCCAUCAAGCCCGGUGAGCCGGAAAGUGCAAGCAUCGAGGAUGUAGAGUUCCCCGUUGACUUGUACAAGGAGCUGGAUCAGGCGUUGCAGCAAAGCCGACGGUUGCUUCCGCCGACGACCAACAAGUUCCAGGGGUGGGAUGUGGGGCUAUUAGAGAGGUUCGAGGUGGCGGAGGCCGGCAUGGGAGUCGGAGUCGGUGUGGGAGAGAGUGAUGCGGCGGAGAAUGAGGAGAAUGAUUGGGGGAUUCCUUCAGAACCUGUUGAUUGAAAUGUCUAAUCUCUUCUCUUUUCUUUCUCACACAUACACACACACACACUCUCUCUCUCUCCCUCUUUCUCUUCACGACUAUUUUUAAAUCUUGAUUCCACACUUGUCCAACUGGUUUCUCAACCAGAGUCCAAAAAAAGAAAGAAAACCCGCACAGAUGGUUCAACUAA